AAUAAAGUAGUGCUGGUGAUUCCACAGCAAACAAGACGCAGCCUGGGGCCGUCGUCGUGGCGAUCCUCUCCAUCGCGUUAUAGAAAAUCGUCCCAUCCCUCCAGCGAGGUUCAUUAUCACAAGUAUCACAGCUCUCCCGUAUACUAUCGCACGAAGAAACCUAUCUAUGAAACUCCAUCGGCACCUCACGGAGGAGAUGACUUUGAUCAAGGCUACGAACACGUGAACCACGUGCACGUCCCUCACGGCAAAGGCAUCAGUCACGGAGUCUCCUUCGGAAAAGGUUACAUCCCUUACGAUCAGAUUAAGGGUAGCUUCUCGCUCGGUCGCGAAAGGAAUCCAAGCUCGCAGGAGUAUUCAUCCUCGUCCUCGUUCACCUCGCCCGACACCGAUUAUUCACCAUCGUCGUACGAGUCUCCGCAAUCGGGGACCUUCUUCCCGGACCCGGAAACUGCCCUCAACUACGACGAGAGACGAAACGACGAGAAGAAGUUCUACUCCUCAAGAUCGAUCGAGAAGGAUCUGCUCGCGAACAAUCCAAUCGAGUUGAGCGCGGCCAAGGAUCAGAUUCUGCUGCUGCAGCAGAAGGCCGCCGAUCUCUACAAGAGCGUCGUUCCUCAGCCGCAAGGUGGCGUCGUGUUACCGGCUGGCAUCCCGUCGCCCACCAUCGGUGGCAGCAAACAGGGAAUCGUGCUGAAAGACACGGUGGCUCUGGACGAGUAUCAGCAGAAACUGCAGGAUAUGGCCAAGUCGUGGCCACAGUUCUUGUCGAACGCAGCCACCACUUUGGGGAACAGUUAUCAAACGCAGCAGGUGACCGCGAGUUACUCGGCGGACGGCACUUCCGCCACUUCCGGUCCCCUUAACGGCUGGUCAGCGAGUUUCGCCCAGCCAAAGCAAGGCUACGACGUCAAGGAAGACAACGUGGAACCGCCGCAUGAUUUCAGAAGCGCGCCUAUUCAGAGCUCGCCUUAUCACGCGUUCACUGUACCGGCGAACGUGGCACUUCCGGCUGUCACGCAGACGGUUCACGGC